UCACUCCCGAGGCUUUCUCCUUCUCAUAAAGCCUUAACACCACUGGCAAUUUAAGACGCAUUCCCUUUUCUUGGUGGCGCCUUCUGGGGCAUGCAUAUCUUGUGUUGCUUGUUGUAGUUGAUGAUAUCGAUGUCGGUCGUGUGUGGGCUCUACUCGUUCUUGCUGCCGCUGCUCGUGGUGGUCUACGGGCUUUUCUUCUUGAUUAACAUGAGGCCCAAGAGACUGUUGGCGCACAUCAGGCACCACAUUCUGCAAUUGAGAGACCAUUUCAAUCUCAGGAAGGGCAUGCCCAACAGCCCAACCGACAAUUAGAGAGCAGUUCACAUGAUAUCCCUCUUGUGCCAUAGGAUGAACUAUUCAAGGAUUCUCACACAAAACUCAUGCCAACAAGAGUUGGGUGGUCUAUCAAAUCAUCACCCGUGGCCACCUCAACCACCAUUUCUUGCCUGCCCAUGAGGCCACACUGCUCAUAAUGUCGCUAGUUGGCAUUACUUGUUCAGAUGGCAGCAUCAUUACUAGCUCCACGGUCUGGUUAGCGAGGAUGCCUCGCUCUGCAAGUUCCUUGUCAACUAAAACCUUUAGCUGCAAGUUCCGGUCUGGCUCAUAGCAAACUUGCACGAGAUUGGUGUCGCGAUGGAGACUACUACAGCAGGUGCUGGAGAUACUGCCUUUGAGCCAUCCCUGUGGGAUGACUUUUUUGUUUCCUACACCCCUCCUUGCUCACAGAUGUCGGAGGAGUGGAUGAGGGAGAGGGCAGAAGAACUCAGGAUGGAAGUACGUCGUAUGUUUGAAGCUGUCAAUGGAAUGAGUGUUGCUGACUUGAUGGUGCUUGUGGAUGCACUCCAACGCCUUGGCAUAGACAACCACUAUCAGAAAGAGAUUUACACAACACUGAGCCGUGUACACACUGGGGAGCUAGAGAUUCUGAGAUCCGAAGAACUGCACAUAGUUGCCCUCCGCUUUCGUCUGCUCAGGCAACAUGGAUUUUUUGUAUCUACAGAUGUCUUUGACGAAUUCAGAGAUGGUACGGGCAAUUUCAACACAUGUCUAACCAGGGACCCAAAGGGGCUCCUAAGCCUGUACAACGCAGCUUACCUGGCGGUGCCAGGCGAGGAUGUCCUCGAUGGUGUCAUCGCAUUCACCAGGACCCAUCUGGAGGCAAUGAAAGGAAAUCUCACGUCUCCAAUUGCGGACCAAAUUUGUCGUGCCCUUGACAUCCCGCUUCCUCGGUACAUGCCUCAGCUCGAAACCAUGCACUUCAUCACUGAAUAUGAGCAGGAAGACGGCCACAACGCCACGCUACUGGAGCUCGCCAGGCUGGACUAUUGCCUCACCAGGUCUGCACAACUCAAAGAGCUCCGGACCUUCUGCUUAUGGUGGAAGGAUUUCUACAAGAACGUUAACCUAACCUACUCUCUGGACCGUGGAGUGGAAAUGUACUUCUGGGGCUUCGGAGUGUUCCCUGGUGAGGGAAACUCUCGUGCAAGAAUAAUAUUUUCCAAGAUAGUUGCGUUGAUAAGCCUAAUGGAUGACACCUUUGAUACCCAUGCCACCUUUGAGGACUGCAAAAACUUAGAUGAAGCUAUACAAAGAUGGGACGAGAGUGCAACCUCUAUCCUGCCUGAAUAUCUGAGGAUGUACUACACCAAAAUGCUCAGUUGUUUUAAUGAAUUUGAGGAUAUUCUGGAACCAAAAGAAAAGUACCGUGUGCCUUACGUUCAAAAGGCGAAAGGGCGCAAGAACAAGAACGAUGUGGCUAGCUCCUUGGACUGCUACAUGAACGAGCAUGGCACCACAGGAACGGAGGCUGCGGCAGCGCUCUCUGCAAUGGUGGAGCAUGCAUGGAGGAGGAUCAACAAGGCGUUCAUGGAGAUAGACCGAGCGCUGCUGCGAGCUCUGAGUUUGGCUGUGAUCAACCAAGCGAGGACAAAUGAGGUCGUAUACUUUGGUGGAAACGAUGCCUACACCUUCACCGAUGAUCUUCAGGGUAUCAUAAAGUCCGUCUUCCUAAAGUCUGCCCCAGUCAAAUGAUGAACCCAUAAUAUUUUGUGUAUAUCUCUCUUCUAUCAAGCAUGCUUUAGUGGGUAUGAGCUUGGUCAUGUGUGGGUCUUGUUCACAUGGGUGUGGCACUUAUUGUAUCGGGUCUGUAGUUGGUUGCAACCAUUUUGAUUUCGUGUGUGUAUGCGUGGACUGGAGUGUAUAGUAGAGCUCAUUGGCGCCCGGUGAUGCGGUCCGAGGAACGGUGAACGUGGGAUGGCACGCCCACCACACGGAUCGCACGGUAAGGUCGUCACUUUGUAUAUCAAAAAUAAAAAAGGCAAUGUAGUACAACUGAAAAGCUGCACUUCUUGCGGCACAAU